AUGAGUUCCAGCGAUCCUCUUGCCGAUUUCAAAAAUUUCUUCACAGGUCUUGGCAAUCUGAACACGGCAGACCAAGUCACUGCCUUCUUUCAGUAUUACUGGUAUGUCUGGUUAAUCCUUUCACUUGCUGUUGUCGCUAUAAUUGCCGUCAAUGCAGCAAUUAUUUAUUACUUCUGUCACCAUCGACGACUGAAUAAACUGGAUCCGAACACAGGUGAUAAACGUUUGUAUGACAAAGAUUGGGGUAUGACGAAGCCACAACAAAGUGUCUUUAUUCCUGUUGAACAAAAUAAACAAGAACAAGAAGAAGAAACACCAGAAGAUAUUGCAGAUUAUGACGAUGGAAAGUUUGCUAUUGAAGCGCUCAUGGAACAUAACCAAUUUCGUAUUCAACAUGGUGCUGCACCAUUGAUAGCUAAUGAAUAUCUGAACAAAGCUGCUGCUGAUUGGGCACGUGAAUUAGCACGAAUGAAUGAAUUGAGACACAGUCCAGAUCAAUGGCGACGUUAUCAAGGUUCAGUUUUAGGUGAAAGUCUGGCGUAUUUUAUUGGGCCUAUCCUUCGUGGUGAUCGAAUGACAGAAAUGUGGUAUCGGGAAGUACGACGACAUGACUUUAAUAGUGAUUUGCAAGAAAAUAGUCUUCAUUUUUCACAACUUAUUUGGAAAAAUACAAGAGAAGUUGGUUUCGGUCGUUGUCAAACAGAAGACAAGAAACAAUGGUAUGGUGUUGCUCUCUAUUAUCCACCGGGUAACUUUCCAAAUCAAUUUGCAUUGAAUGUUCAACCACGUAGUGAUAUGGAAGAUUUUCGUCUUGCUUAA